GGGACCCGCUUUUUCUUUUUCAGUUCUGGUAUUUCCUUCAAUUCUACUUUUCCUUUUCUUAGCCUCUCAGUUUCAACCUUUGACCCCUUUCAUUGCAAUCAAUUGAAUAAUCAAUCACAAAUCACUUUCCUCUCCCAUUAUACCCACCAAUUCCCUUUUCAUUUUUUUUUUCAAAUGGGUCCCAUCGUCUAUCAGCUCUAUUGGGCCAUGUUAUUGGUCAUCUUUUGUUCAUAUCAUUCCAAGUUAGCAUAUUUCUGUCAUCCGUCGUUCUGGGUUUGAAUUGCAUUAAUUAAUUAACUGGUUUGUUUAAUUGCUGAUUAUUUUCUAUCAUUACGUUCAUCGUUUCGAGUGAGCAGCAUAACUGCCCAGAGUAGCAGUGGUAUUAUUAUUUUGUGAAGAUGGUACUGGGAAUAAGAACAAAGAGUAGAAAAACUGUCUCAGUCCAAGUUCACUACGUAAUCCAUGUUCAGGAGAUCAAGCCUUGGCCCCCUUCACAAUCACUGAGAUCUGUGCAAACGGUAUUACUGCAGUGGGAAAAUGGUGAUAAAACUUCUGGGUCUCUAGCAUCCACCACUGCUGGCAUUGAAAACAUCGAAUUUAAUGAAUCUUUCAGGCUUUCAGUUGUUAUGUGGAGAGAAGCAUCCAAGAAAAGCAAACACCGUGAAAGUUUUCAGAAGAACUACUUAGAGUUUAACUUGUAUGACAAGACAACAAAGAGCCAACUAUUGGGAUCAGCCUCAAUAAACUUUGCAGAUUUUGGAAUUAUUAAGGAAACUAAAGCCUUACGCAUUCUAUUGAACUGCAAGAAGAGCUCCAAGCAUUCUUCACAGCCAUUUCUUUAUGUUAGUAUUCAGCCAUUGGAUACAGAAUGUUCUAGCUCAUCACCAAGCAGCAGCUAUUCAAAAGGGUUGUCACUAGACAAGGAAGGAAGUGAAUCGGUGACACAGUCAUUGAAAGAUGACGAUGAUGUUGAAAUUGCCUCUUUUACUGAUGAUGAUGACAAUGAUGACUUCCCUUCAAAUACCUCCCAAACUAAUAGAUCUUCUUCCAAGACUACUGGAGGCGGUAUCAAAAUCAGGGAAGGAGGAGCAGAAGGCUCUAAUGGAAAUUUUGUUCUAUCCGCAGAAAGUUCUACUUCUAGCUUAGUUGGAAACACAAGUAGUGAAGCGCCCACACAGUUCAAUGGCAUCAAAUCUCCCCCUUCAUCUACAAUUCUUGGAUCAGACAUGGGAAAUGCUGCCUAUGGCCGCCCUUCAUUGCCUAAAAUUUCUGUGGAAACUGUCAAACUUUCUGAUCCAAUUUCUGAAAUUCAAGAAAAUAUUCAACAAUCUUCUGCUUCAUGCAUUUCACCGAGUAUACAAACAAACUUUGAAAGGCCUUUCAAUUCUCAAGUAACUCAAGAGAACAGUGUGAUUAAAGAAGAUGACACAAGAGAUCAGAGACUUAAUAAAGAAGCUGUUGAGAAAGUUAUCAGUAUUUCAGAUGUUGGGGUUAUGGAGGCCAAAGAAAAAAUGGAGGAGCAAAGAAAAGAACAAAAACAGUUUAUGGAGAGGAAUGAACUUUUAAAUAAGUUCCGCAAUGAUGAUUCUACCAAGCAAGAAAAUUUCAGUAGUAUUACUCUUUCAAAUGAGGAACCACAUAGGAAAGGAAAAAAACAGCUUGCUGAGAAGAAUGAACCUCUAGAAAAUGAGCUCAAUAAUUUUUCCAAUGAUGAUUCUACGAAGAAAGAGAAUUUGAUUAGCACUACUCUUCUAAACGAGAAACCACAUGGGAAGGGACAAAAACAGUCUACUGAGAAGAAUGAGGCUUUACAAAAGGAGCUCAAUAAUUUUUCCAAUGAUGAUUCUACGAAGAAAUGGAAUUUAAUUAGCAGCACUACUCUUCUAAACGAGAAACCAGAUGGGAAAGCACAAAGACAGUUUACUGAGAAGAACGAGCCUUCAGAAAAUGAGCUCGGUAAUUUUUCCAAUGAUGAUUCUAUGAAGAAAGGAAAUUUAAAUAAUACUACUCUUCCAAUCGAGAAACCAAAUGGAAAAGAACAAAGACAGAUUACCGAGAGGAAUGAACCUUUAGAAAAAGAGCUCAACAAUUUUCCCCAUGAUGAUGAUGCUAUGAAGAAAGGGAAUUUAAAUAGUACUACUCUUCUAAACGAGAAACCACGUGGGAAAGGACAAAGACAGUUUACUGAAAGGAAUGAACCUUUAGAUGAUAACUCCAAUAAUUUUUCCGAUGAUGAUUCCACGUACAAAUGGAAUUUGAAUGGUACUACUGCUCUAAACGAGAAACCACAAGGGAAAGGGCAAAGAAAAUUUACUGAGAAGAAUGAAACUUCACAAAAUGAGAUCAAUAAUUUUUCUAAUGAUGAUUCUACGAAGAAAGGAAAUUUGAUUAGCACUACUCUUCUAAACGAGAAAUCGCAUGGGAAAGGACAAAACCAGUCUACUGAGAAGAAUGAGCCUUUAAAAAAUGAGCUCAAUAACUUUUCCAAUGAUGAUUCUACGGAGAAAGGGAAUUUGAUUAACACUACUCUUCUAAACGAGAAACCACAUGGGAAAGGACAAAAUCAGUCUAGUGAGGAGAAUGAGCCUUUACAAAAUGAGCUCAAUAGUUUUUCCAAUGAUGAUUCUACGAAGAAAUGGAAUUUAAUUGGCAGCACUACUCUUCUAAAUGAGAAACCACAUGGGAAGGGACAAAGACAGUUUACUGAGAAGAACGAGACUUCAGAAAAUGAGCUCAAUAAUUUUUCCAAUGAUGAUUCUAUGAAGAAAGGGAAUUUAAGUAGUGCUACUCUUNACAGAUUACCGAGAGGAAUGAACCUUUAG